UCUCUGUAACUUCCCACGUCUUUCUCUCUCUCUCUCUCUGUAAAAUAGGCAUUAGCUAAGCAACUGUAGAAUCUUGAAUAGAAGCUUCUUCACUUUUUUGUCUACUGUCAUUCAACAACAUUUUAUCAUAUCUAGGAUUCUUAAAGACAACAUAGUAUCUUCUGUCGCAGAAGAAGUUGAAAGAUUCUUGAAAUGGCGAGUUUAAGCUAUUGCUCCAACUGGGGAACUGUUCAUGAUCAGCACCUUAACUUUUGCGAAACCUUGGACGGUUCUGCUGUUAUGGCGUCGCCGCCUUUCUUCGCGCAGCCUCAAAUGGUGGAUGAUGAUCAGCUUGAAGCUCCGGCGGCUGAGCUUCUUUUCGGGUUGAACAACCACGCUUUUGUUCUCCCGGAGUCGGCGGUGUCUCCUUUUGAUCCUGUUUUCAACUCCGGCGAGUUCAUUUUUUCCGACAACUACGUUUCUCCGCCGCCGCCGCCGCCGCCGGAAUACUCCAUUCCGCAAGAAGUGGAGUUCCAGACCCACCCGAAACGCCAGAAGCUCUACCACGACCAUUUCCCGGAGAUUACGCAGAAUUGUUUUGGCGUCUUCAUUCCCAACCCUCCUCUGCUCCAAGACUUGAAUCCUCCUCCUCCGCCGCCGCCGCCGCCGCCGUCUUCAGAAAGCGUUCUGCCUAUGUUCCCGGAGCUCCCGGCCGCUCCCAUUCCCGCGUAUUGUGGUUGCGCUGAGAGUGAGGUGGCGGUGAAGAAGAACGAUAACGGAAACUGCAGCGCCAAGACGCUGUCGGCUCAGAGCAUCGCGGCGAGGGAGAGGAGGCGGAGGAUCACGGAGAAGACGCAGGAGCUGGGGAAGCUCAUCCCCGGCGGCCAGAAGAUGAACACCGCCGAGAUGUUUCAGGCCGCUUACAAGUACAUUAAGUUCAUGCAAACUCAACUUUCGGUGCUUCAAUCCUGCCACCACUCAUCACAGGAAACUGGGGAGACAUUUAUGAAUGAAGAACUUGAGAGUCUUGUUGGGUCAUCGUUGAUUCAAGAAAAGUUGUACUCAAAUGACAAGUGUUUGGUUCCAGAAGAGUUCGUUCACUCACUGCCAAAUGGCCAUGAACUCUAUCAACUUUAUCAAGCCAACAAGUCUUGA